ACAAACAAAGUUAUGAGCAGCUUCACUGAACACGACACACACACACUGCGUGAGGCAACAUGGGAGACGUACAGAUCACACAUGAGGUUAGACAUGACGCAGCUGACAGGUUGAAUGGGCAUUUGGCAGAGGUGAAAGAGUUGAUUGGACGAUCUCUAGAAGCCAAAAAGUUUGCAUACUGUCCAUACAGCAAGUUCAGAGUCGGGGCGGCACUUCUGACACACGAUGGAACGGUUUUCACAGGAUGUAAUGUGGAAAACGCAUGCUUCUGUUUGGGAAUCUGUGCAGAGAGAACCGCCAUCUCAAAAGCCGUCUCUGAGGGAUACAGAGAUUUCAAAGCCAUCGCAAUCUCAAGUGAUAUGUGUGAGCAGUUCAUUUCUCCAUGUGGUGGCUGCAGACAGUUUAUGAGAGAGUUUGGUGCUAACUGGGACGUGUAUUUGUCCAAACCUGAUGGCUCGCAUGUAGAGAUGAGAGUUGGGGACCUGCUGCCUGCAUCUUUUGGCCCAGAGGACUUAAAAGGGAAGAAAAGUAAUAUUAUGAAUGAGUUUUGAAGUCUUGUGUUCUAGAGCAGUGGUUCUUAAACUUAAAAAAAAUAUUUCAUAAAAUGCCACCAAAACUUCAACCCCCUUGGAUCCAUCUAAAGGGCCCCCAGUUUGAGAACCACUGUUCUAGAAGAUUUGAUUUACAGGAGCUUAACUGAAGACGUGUAUAGACGGUAUAGGUGUUUUAAAUGCUGUAUAAAACUGUGUAUUAAAAGACAUUUAUGUACUGUACAUUAUAUUCAUGAAUAUAAAUAUAGUUUUUCCUUUAAAUAAAAAAGCCUACUAUUCA